AUGGAACUUUUACACGAGCCUGGAGUUAUCAUUUUGACUCAGAGGAAAUUUGCAAUUGACCUCAUUCUACAGUCAAGAGAUGUUUCUACUCCAUUUGAUUCAAACAUUAAGCUUACUGCUGAUUCUGGUGAGCUUUUGCCUGAUCCUACCAUUUAUCGAAGGCUCUUGGGGAAGCUAAAUUUUAUCACAAAUACCCGACCAGAUCUAUCCUUUGCUAUACAGACUUUGAGCCAAUACAUGCAAUCUCCAAGAUCUGAACACUAUCAGGCAGCUUUACAUACUCUCCGAUAUGUUCGAAAUGAUCCAAGUUUGGGACUUUUCUUCUCAUCCGAACCUUCAUUUCAGAUUUUGAGCUAUUGUGACGCAGAUUGGGCAUCUUGCUCGGUUACUCAAAGAUCAGUUAGUGGUUUCUUCUUAAGCAUAGGAGGAUGCCCCGUCUCCUGCAAAUUGAAGAAACAACAAGUAAUUUCUUAA